GAGGGACUUGGGAAUCGACCGCCUCCCGCCCCGCCCGGCGCCACCCCAGUCACCUCGCGCUGCGGCCACCCGGCACCAGGAGCAGUCCCAGGCGGCGGCGCGACGGUCCCCGCCAUGUCUGCAGCCAUGAGGCAGAGGUUCGACCAGUUCCUUCACCAGAAGAACUGCAUGACUGACAUCUUGGCCAAGCUCGAGGCCAAGACCGGCGUGAACCGGAGCUACAUGGCCCUCGGUGUCAUCGGGCUGGUGGCUUUGUACCUGGUGUUCGGUUAUGGAGCCUCUCUCCUCUGCAACCUGAUAGGAUUUGGUUACCCAGCCUACGUCUCAAUUAAAGCGAUAGAGAGUCCAAACAAAGAAGAUGAUACCCAGUGGCUGACCUACUGGGUAGUGUAUGGUGUGUUCAGCAUUGCCGAAUUCUUCUCUGACCUCUUCCUGUCAUGGUUCCCCUUCUACUACAUGCUGAAGUGUGGCUUCCUGUUGUGGUGCAUGGCUCCCAGCCCGGCCAACGGAGCGGACCUGCUCUACACGCGCAUCAUCCGUCCUUUAUUCCUGAAGCACGAGUCGCAGGUAGACAACAUGGUGAAUGACUUGAAGGACAAAGCCAAAGAGACUGCAGAUGCCAUCUCUAAAGAAGCCAAGAAAGCUGCUGUGAAUUUACUGGGUGAGGAAAAGAAGAGCACCUAAAUCACUGACUGGAUGAAACCUUUCUGCCCUCUCUGUACCUUCCUUUUAGAGCUUGAUGUUAUAUUAGGAACUGUGGUAUAAUCAUUUUAAUAAUGUUGCCUUGGAAACAUUUUUGAUAUAUUAAAAAAAGGAAUGUGUAAGUUUUUUUGCUUACUUUUACUGUCUGUAUACACAGGGAACAUUUAAAUUUAAUGCAAUGGGCAGUGUCCAAGUUUUUGGAAAGUACAUUUUGCCUCUGGGUAGGAAAACACACAUGUCACCAUCCUGCAGGAAAUAUAAACUUAAAAUUAUAUAUC